AUGGAAGAUCAAUACGUCGUUUUACUUGAAAGGGUUGUGGCUGAAAAUGUUCGUCUCAGAGAAGCGAUGGAAGCGCGAGACAACGAACAACGACGAAUGUUUGAGGAACUUGCUUCAAAAAUAGAGAGCUCUAACACUGAACCAGAAAGAUCAGGACGAUCGAGUAGGAAAAGAAGGAGGAAAAUCUCAGUCCCGCAGCAGUGUCGCGUAAGUAUAAAUAUUUCUGUUACUUUUCUGUUAUCAGAAAUACUUUGGAGCGACUGAUUGCGACCACGAAUUGUAAAUUCAAAGUUUAAGUUUACUUGCUCAUGCUCGAUUACUCGCUGGGUGACAAACAAAACACAGCGUGACAUGGAUUGAGCUUCGAUCUUCAUUUAUGUUCUCCGUUCUUUAGCGACAUUUGUGACAGUUUAUGCUAAGCGUUCGUUAGUUUUACGUUCGUUUGUAAGAUGUAAAAAUCAUAGCAAGGAAAAUUCUCACAUUAAGAUGGGACAAAGCCAUUCUCGACCCCAGAGCCCUUGUCUUUUAUCACGUGCCCUUACGGCGACAAGGGCUCUGGGUAACUCUGCGCAGCCGUAGCCAAAAUCUGGCUAUAUGGGUUUCACAGCGCAUGCUCGGGCAGUUGUGGUUUUAUGCAAAUUUAGAUUUGGCAGUUGUGGUUUUAUGCAAAAUUAAAUUUAGAUUUGGCAGUUGUGGUUUUAUGCAAAAUUAAAUUUUAGUUAUUAUUCUUGUGUUGCUAGUUAAGUUAAGCCAAUUUUUUCAAAGUACACGAACAAUGACGUACAGAAUGUAGCUUCUUUAAAUAUGAACAACAUACACAAGGAUACCGAAAAAAGAUUUUUUCUUUUGUAAUUGCAGCAAGACGUUAGAAAGAUGUACAAAGCCCUUUCACAGAAUGAAGAUUUUGAUGGCUUUAAGUUGGAUGAGAGGUAACAAUAGCCAUUAAAUACAAUCAUGUAUAUUGGGAGGCGUAUACAUGUAUACUGAGCAGGAGGUCUGUAUGGGAGAAUCUUGACCUUGGUCAUGAGUACUGUACAGUACCGCAAAUGAUCCCCAACCGCAAAUGAUCCCGAGACCACAAAUGAUCCCCAAAAUGGACCGCAAAUGAUCCUCGACCGCAAGUGAUCCCUAAAGUCGACCGCAAAUGAUCCCGUGAAAACUUGAGGAAUGGAAUGGAUUUUUAUGGGAGUGAUUACAAAAAAGGACUGAUUAUAAAAAAGAAACCUUUUUCUCUCGUCUUUUAAAGAAAAAGGGAAGGAGGACGCUACAUCUCAGGUCAAUUUAUACAAGGCGAAAAAAAAAAUGGAAUAAAUCUGAAAAGGAAUGGUAUUAACCGUAUACUUCUUCCUUUGUCGAUUGCUUCAAUUUUCUUUCAAGAAUGUUUCGUCUUUUGAAAAAUUUAAGACAGGCAGGACGUUACACAGAAAAAGCUCUAUUAUUUUAACGCCUAGAAGCUCAACUCUUCUACUGAGGAAUACAAGGCCGGGCACCCUCUACAUAACAAGAGCUUUAUUGACUUUACCGAUCUUUUUGAAAGCGUGAAAUUAAUCAGCCAGAAUAUUUCAUUUGAUUUUUCUCUGAAGUGUUAAUUUUACGUGAUAAACAGCAAGACAUUUGUUCGUAACUUAGGUGCCGGUUACGAAACAAGACAUGAUUUAACAUAAACACAAGUCAAAAUGUCCCCGAACUUAUCAAUGUCCACAGGUUUCGGUUUAUUUCGAAAUAGCAACUUUCUUACAUCUCAUGAACGUGUUGUGAAUAGUUAUAUUAGCGUUUUUAUGUAUAUUCAUUUGUUGUGAUUUGCCAAAGACAGUUACCAGGAAUCUAAACCUGGUAAUGAGAAACGCCAGGUAAGCGGUCUACAGUUAUUGCGUGACAAAACAUCGUACGAAACCGUCACAUUCACGGACUAAAAGAAAAUCCCUUAUGAUCAUUCGGAUUCAGGAGGCACUUUGGAGAAAAUUAAACAACCUAAAACCCUUAUUUAGCGGCAAUGAAGAGCACUGCAUUUCAAAAGAGGUCAAAGGAAAUGCUCUUGCAUCAAAGGGCAAAUCAUGCCGACCAGAAACAACAAUAACCACAGAAAAUGCGUGUCAUGUCCUCUCAGUAUGAAAUAAGCGGCAAAAAUCACAUUUGUUCAGUCAAAACGUUUUCUUCAGAGGUAUAAUCUACCCGCCAGAGCCAGAAAAAAGUCAUUGGAAUAAGCAGCAUUUUAGCAUGAGGUAAAAGUCGUAUGUUGCCUACCGACUUCGUUUUUACUCUUGAAUGAUUUUUUUAUUUAGUUUUCAAUCAUAUAUUUAUUUGAGAAGUAAAAUUUAGCUUUUAAUCUGACUUAUUGUUAUAACAAUAAAAUCGACACGAUGAUCCGCUAACUUGAGUCCACGUCAUUCCUAUUUUUCUUUCGGGAUCAUUUGCGGUCGACUUUAGGGAUCACUUGCGGUCGAGGAUCAUUUGCGGUCCAUUUUGGGGAUCAUUUGCGGUCUCAGGAUCAUUUGCGGUACUGUACAACUGUACAGACCUCCUGCUCAGUUAAGGUGGCCGAACAUAGUUUUCAGCGCGCGCUCUAAAGGCUUUGCUGAUGCUAGGCAGCGCGCGCACAAAGAUUACAAAAUAACAAACAUGGCGCCGAUAAAGCGAGGUUUAUUUGUUUUACGCCUGUGAAGUAUGUGGUAUUUUCCUUCUUAAAAUGACACACACUGUGUCAGGUUUGAUCUUUUGUUGGACUGUUAUGAAAUAAAUAUUCAGCAUAUAAAAAAUCCAGCAUUUUUUUAGGAUAUUCGCCAUUAUGCCAGAAGCCAAUCGAAUGCAGCGCAUGCGCAGUUGGACGAAAAAAUGCGAACGCAUUUUCUAGCAGAAACGCGCGGAUUUCUCAAAAAUCACUCGUUAGAAUUUCAUAAAAUUUAGCAGAAAGAUACUUUAGGAAGCAAGUAAGUGGACGAUUGCAAAAAAUUUUAAAUUUAACAGAGGAAAUUGUAAAUAAUCUAGUUUUCCUUCAACAAAGGAUAGCUCAAAAUCCCUCUGUUAAAUUAUCAUUGUAAUAGUGCUAACAUGCCUACAUUUUAACAAGUUUCUUUCAAGCAAUUAAUGAAGACAAUCUAACGACUAGAUUUUCUGCAAAUUAAUAAAACCCGAUUUUAAAGUCAUUUUUUUAUCAAGUUGCAUUGCCAUGGCAACAACACACAUGCCACCUUAACUAUCAAAAUACGAAAGCCCAUCCUUUUAUCUAAUAUCAUGCAAAGUUUAGAGACUUAGAGAUCAGUCGUUUUAGAGAAACGGUAAAUGGGGCGCAGGUAUCAUAUAAACUGUGCUCAGCCACCUUAAUAAGAGGUAAAUAUAAUAUAAAUAUACAAAUAAAUAAAUCCCAUUUUUACUUUUUUAGCUUUUUAGCAGAGGCUAACCAGACUGCCACCAAGACAAUUAUUGAGGCAGUCAUAGCUGAUCAUGGUGGCACUGAAAAUUGCCCCUGGUCUCCAGCUGAAAUGAAAGGUAACUGCACCUCCCCCUCUAUUUUAUAGUUUCUGGAACAGAGGUUCAAACCAUACAUGUAAAACAUGGUUAAUUGAUGCCUCCGAGGAGGAAUGGACACAGUUUACUGGAAACUUCCCCUGUAUUACUUUUCCAUGUUUACCUGGUCUGUCCAUAAAGAAGUUCUCUCAUAUUGGAGAGGGAGGGGGUAUGAAAAUGUAGUUCUCAGGGGCUCAUAUCACCUGACAUAAUCUUUUUGGUGUCUUAUCUUCACAUCACUGUUAAAACAUCCAUUAUCAGCUGUUCUUUUUUAUUUAUAUCAGAUGGAAUUGGGUGUUGUCAACUGAAAUGAUCACACUAUUUAUAUUUACAUUGAUAAGUCACUCUAAGGGCUGUUGGCACAAUGUAGAACACAUUCUUUCUUUUCAAUGUAAAUUUCCAUGACUUGAACAUGUACUAAUAUCAAGGACAAUUUUUUCCUGUUAAGGGGCUGCUGCGACAUACUUAAAGAGUUUGUAUGAUGCUGCCAUGAGGGCAAAAAAGGGCAAGCUGGAGGCUCACAAAGAUCUCUGCCGAAGGCAGGGAAGGAUGAGAGAUGUAAGUUGUUUCCAUUAUGAUACACUUGUACAUGCAAUAACACAUUUAUAAAGUACUAAAAAUUACCAUGAUUAGUUUUUCCUUUUGGUUGCUAAGCAUAAACAACAUCCAGUAGCAUUACUGUUUACAAGAAUAUAUGUAAAUACAUGUACACACAAAACUUGCGUGUAAGAACCUUUAUUUGUUAAGUCCAACAAAAUAGAUUCUUGCAUUUAGGGAUAGUAAUUGAAAGUUCUUAAUUUUUAUGAAGAAAUUUGUUGUUGACUAUCAGAAAAUAAAUAAACAAACUCACCGGGUAAUUUCUAACACUGCAAUCUUACACCCAAACUUUAUCAUAAAUAAAUUUAACUGUAAGCCACUUAUGAGAACCUGCCUGACCUUUCCUGGCUAAACAGGUUCAUAUAUUUUAUAAAAUUGCAAUUUUUCUGCCAGUAGGUUCUUAAAGCAGUAAGUUAUUUUACUCAGGUUUCUAACUGUAUCGUCAUGUUACAGAUACAAGCAUCUUUUGAAAGGAAACAAUUGGGGCUGCACUUGUUAACCUUGUGCUAUUUUUACUUUCCUAGAAAACUCAGAAGAGGCUGGUAACACUGAAGACCAUGCCCUGGUCAAAUGAGAAAAAGGCACAGGUUGAAGAAGCUGUAGGGAACCUAGCAUACACAAGCUCAGAUGAGUCUGACUUUUCUGAGGAUGAAAGUGGUCAGAGCAAGUUAAGCAGAUACCUUGUCAAAAGGCUUCCAUGGGAGAGGACUUCUCUAACUAAAGCUAAGAGAGAGCUUGAUGAGGCUUAUUCCAGAAGCCUCGAAUCCAAAAGGGUACACCUGGUGACAAGACGCCCGCACCCAAUGCCAUCAACAAGACGCCGACCCACUGAGCCUCUAGAAUGGGCAGUCAGGGCUGAGAAUCCAGCCCCUACACCUGGCACCCGGCCAUCUUCAUCUACAUGUACUAGAACUCCAAGUCAUCCUACGCCAGCAGUUAUACCACCCACCAGCACUCGUCCUCCUUCAUCUGGAACUCCACCUACCCGCACCCAUCCUCCUUCAUCUGGAACUCCACCUACACGCACCCAUCCUCCUUCAUCUGGAACUCAAACUACCCGCACCUGUCCUCCUUCAUCUGGAACUCCACCUAACAGCACCCAUCCUCCUUCAUCUGGAACUCCACCUUCCCGUACCCGUCCUCCAACAACUGGAAGUCCACCCACCCGCCCUUCUCCUUCAUCUUGUCCAGCAAGAACUACAACUCCAUCCCCCAGUACCAGUUCUGCCCGUCUGCCAGCAACAGUGACGCCAUCCCCCAGCACCCUUUCUUCAAGAUCUGGAACUUCGUCCCUCUUACCUGACUGUAGCUCCACUCCCAAGACAUCCAAACCAAAAAAAAAUUUAAAGUCAAAAAAGGACGUGGCCCAUAGGCGUUCUGCUUCGCCAGCUUAUUGA